CGACACGGCAAGAACAUCGAGAAAACUGCCCCCAAUACUUCUGAAUCCCGUCGACGCCUUUACAGGGCAUUCCGAAUCCACAACUACCGUUUACAUAUUAACUGGAGCAACACCCAAUUCCCUACUCGAGCGGCCUCUAUACAGUUUAGUUCAUGAUUUAAGUUUGGCAUACGUAUUAUGGCUCUUGGAAGGACUAGGGGCGGGAGCGUGAACAACAUGGCCCCGCGCGGGGUGCUUACCCCAUCGAACUCCAGUAAAAUCUUGAAGAAAGACAGAAUACUUCAGGCGCUGACGAAGAUGAAUGAUAGGGAUACGCAAAAAGCAGCUGCGGAGGAUCUUCUUUCCUUAGUUUACAACAUGGACCAGGAAGGCCUCCCCAUCAUCCUAAGCUGCUUGUGUGCAACGGGUUCCGAGCACAAGGUAUAUGCGCGCAAGGAGUGUGCUCGAGCCAUCGGCAUCAUUGCGAGCGAGGCAUGCCCCCUGCGCGAGCAAGCCCUGCAGCAGCCCCACCUGGGCAAGAUGCUGGGGCAGCUGCGCAAGUCGCUGCAGGAUGCUGACAGCAGCGUGCGCGAGGCCAGCUCGGAGGCCGUGGCGCUGGUGGCGCAGGGGCUGUCGCAGGUGGCCCCAGGCGGGGUGCACGGCAGCCUCACCAACCCCGCACUCAAGCUGGUGUUCGACUGCCUGGGCGAGCAGCGGAAGGAGCUCAACGCGGCGGCAUGCGUGGCGCUGGGCAUGGCCGCCCCCUACCUGGGCACGCUGGACGCCUCCCUAGCUCGCGAGCUGGUUCGCAAGCUGAACUCCGCCUCCUUCCAGGCGCCCGGGGCGCUGCUGGGCGCACUGGCGCGCACGGAUGCCGCCACCGGGGAGCCCAGCGGCCUCGUCAAGUCCGGCCCGGCGGCCUUCCUGCCCAUCCUGACCUCCCUGGUCGGUCAGCCGGCAGCUCCCUCCCUGGGCGCUGCCAGCAGCGGCGGCGGCGGCGCACCCAGCGGCAGCGGCGCAGUGGGUGCGCUGUCGCGUCCCGACUGGCAGGUGCGGCUGGCGGCUGCGGACAUGCUGCGCGCCACUGCGCUGCUGCUGGGGCCGCUGCUGGAGAUGGACGGCAGCUGGGCGGCGGGGGACCCGCGCAGCGUGACGGGGCGGGCCAUACGGGGGCUGGAGUCGUGUAGGUUUGACAAGGUUCGCGAGGUGCGCGAGGUGGCUCGCGCGGCUCUGGCGGUGAUGGAGGACCUGCACGAGUAUGGCAGUGCGGGCGGCAGCGCGGCGGGCUGGCCGGAGUACAUUGCGGAGCGCCUGGGCAUCCGGGGCCUGCCCGCCGGUCUACCCGGCAGCCCCAAGGCCGCCUACGCUGCUGCCCCCGCGCCCGCCCCCGCACACCCCAGCGGGCCCGGGGCCGGAGCCGGGCCGCGCAGGUCCCCCUCGCGGCGCUCCCAGAUCAGCCCGGCGCGGCGCCCGCGCUCCGCCCAGCCGCAUCCCUCCCCCGGCCGGCAGCGCUCCCCCACACCCCCCGAGCGCCGCUCCUCACCCGCCCUGGUGCGGGGAGGCUCCGUGGCGGAGCGCUUCCGGGCGGCGCACCGGGAUGAAGGCAUUGCCGUACAUGACCCGCUGGGUCGGCUGGAGUUUGAGGCUGGGCGCGGGGGGGAGGAGGAGGAGGAGGCGUGGGGCGAGGAGCAGCAGCAGCCGCCGGAGGAGGAGCCAAGUGGUGUGGCGUGGUCUAACGCGCGGUCACGGCACGCCCCCCCAGAUGACACGCUGCCAGACGCGCAGCCCGCCAGCCGCGCCCUCGCCCACCAGCCCUCAGCGGCCGGCAGCGACAGGAGCCGCGCGGCGCUGAACGGCCAGCUGUCCGCUCGCGCGCCCAGCGGCCCGCUGCACCCCGCCGGUCGCGCUGAGCCCGGCCCUGCUGCGGGGGACCCUGGCGCGCUGCUGCGGCAGCUGGGGCUGGAGGACGAUGGGCUGGACCUGCUGGGGCCGGAUGGGCCGCCCACGUUUUCGCGGCAGGUCUCAGGCUCCUCAGCUCCCACAUCUGCACUGCCCUGCGCCGGCCCCAGCUCAGUCGCCGACCCCGCCGCGCAGCCCCCCUCUUGCUCCGGGCCGCUGCCGCUGCCUGCGGGCCCCACCGUGACGCUGCCCACGGAGCAGUGGCUGGCGGCCCAGCAGCGGCUGCGGGCGCUGGAGGCGCAGCAGCGGGAGAUGCUGGACGCCUUCAACAACCUGUCGGAACAGAGCGGCAGAGCCAUUGCAACGCUGCAGGCCAAGGUACGCAGCCUAGAGGCGGCGCUCGAGGCCGCGCACGCCGCAUCCUCCUCCCUGCCCCAGCCCUUGUCCCAGCCCCAGCCCCAGCCACAACCCCAGCCGCAAGCGUAUGCUGCUUCCGCAUCACAAGCGCCGCCGGGGCCGGCAGCCCCGCUGCCGCAGCAGGAGUCCUCCUCGCUGCUGGCACCGCUGCAGGACUCGGAGGCACCCAUGCUGCUGCGCACCGCGCGACCCGGCUCCAGGCUGCUGGCGGCCGCCUGUGCGGGGGGCGGUGCCGCGGGGCGGCUGGAGGCGCUAGCGGCGGCGGAGGGGUGCGGGGUGGCGAGCCCGAGUGGGCUGCCCCCGCAGCUGCCGUCGGCGUGGGCCUCGCCCCGGACUAGCCAAGACAUGCCCUCCGCCUCGGCGCUGUCCGCCGCCUCGGAUGUACGGCAGGCCUACCGUGAGGCGCUCAGCGGCGGGCGGCUGAGCGACAUGCACCUGCUGCGCCUCAUGCAGCGCACCGGGCCCGUGUGGCACCAGCUGGGGCACCACCUGGCCUCGCAGCUGCUGGGGGCCUUCACGGCCAGCCUGCAGCAGGCGCGAGCGGACGGACCCAUGCUGUCACGCAUGAUGCCCUGGCUGUGGCGGCUGGCGGACGACGUGAGCAACCAGUUCGAGGCGCCUUUCGAGAUGCGAGCGCCGCUGCUGGCCGCCCUGCGCACCGCCCAGCCGUCAGUCACUGAUGCCGCGCUGUACGAAAAGAUCACGCUCCUGAUCACGACGCUACGAACCCACUGGUCGCUACCGGACCCGUGUCCGAGCAACGGCCGGCCGGCGGGCCCCGCCGACCCCUCCCAGCUUCCCCAGCAACCAGCCGGCCCGCUGGCACCCGCUGCCGUACCACCUGCUACGUCCAGGCUAGCAGCGGCGUACGGCGGCGGCGUCAUGCCCAUGCUUCCGCCACAGACCGCGGCAGCUGUGGCUAGCGCCGCUGCAGCGUACGGCAUCGCAAGCCCCUCGUCUCCCGCCACAGCGGGGUGUAUCGGGGCUGCUUCCACAGAGGCUGCGUCGCCAGGGCAGGAGGCCGCGGUGUCAACGCUGGCAACACCCGCAGCGCGCAUGCCGGCCCAAAUGCAGCAGCAUGCGGGCAGGUCACCCAGCAUCAGCUCACUCAUGGGGCAGUGGUCGGACCUACAGCGGGAUUUUGCGGCUAUGGCUAGUCCGGCGGGCAAGCUCGCGAUGCCUCAGCCGCGCUGAGGUUGAUGGUUGUGGUGGAUGUGUUGGGAAAUGUAGGUCGUAUAACAAUGGAAGCAAGAUGCGCCUUUCACUGAUCUGAAGUGUGUGUGGACUGCAGCAGUAUGGACGAGGAUUUAUUAGUGUCUGAAGUUCACGAUGCACCUGUGGCCAUUCGGGACACCCUUGCUGUACAUUCGGGGUGAGUCACCCCAAUCUGUCCCCGGGCUUUAGUCACAAACCGUUAGUAUAGUAUCCUUCUUUGGCUUGUGGAUACGCACAUUGUAAAUAUCGCAAAGCUGAUGCUAAGGAAUGCGUUUCUUCUGCCAACCGCCAUUAAAUGGAACGGGGCACAAGUUCUCACCAAAGCGCCAUUUUGAGGUUUCGUUUCGUUGAAUGUCUUUAGUUGUGUAAAGCCUCUUACAUGAGCCAUGUCGCUGGGAUUCGACGAGGAAUCGCUGGAAGACGGUCUCCUUAAUGAGCUGUUCUCAUACUUAGGGCAAAGCGAAGAAAACACACGAACAAUAGCCACUGCAUUACAGGCCCCUUACAAUAGUGGGGCUUUUACACCGAGUCCAUCGUAUCCAGUUAACAUGGCGCCUGCGCUCUUCACAAAUCAAAAACAACUGUCCUUGGCAGAACGUGCCACUGACCCGGCGGAAGGAAGCGCUGGAAGCGGGCGCGGCAUGAAGCGGCAGCGCCAGCGGGACGCAGCUAAGGUGAAAGAGCUGGAGGCGCUAGCAGCUGCGAAGAUGGAGGAGUUUGCGCUACUCGUGCAGCGGAACGCCGACCUGAAAUUCAGGAGCAACAUACUGACGAACGCCGUACAGCUUCGCGACUACCAGUUGCGCCUCGCCAAGAGUGGGCAAGCACCCAUCGGUAGCGCGCCGCCACCGUUGCCGGAUACCGCUGCGAUGACCGUUGCCCAGGUCAUUCGAACCCCGGGCAGUGCACGUCUGCUGCUGGCACCCGAGCUGGUGCCGCCUGUCGACCGUGACAGCGUUCGCUCCAUGGGGCGGCUGGAGAUGGUGUCGCGCUACAAGGCCCUUCUGGCUGAGGCCUCCGAGGCGCUGCUGGCGGCGGAGGCGGACCCGGAGGACGAGGCGGCGGCGGUGCGUGUGCGCGGGGUGAUGGCGCAGUUCGGCAGCCUCAUGCGGAAUGCGUCGGUGCUGUCGCCCGACACCACGUUGCAGUUCAUGCAGACGCAUCUAGAGACCGGCUCCUUCUCCGCGCCCGAGCCCGGCCUGUGGCUCAACGUGUUCCAGUACCUGCAGCUCACUCCGGAGCAGGUUUCGGAGCUGGCUGCUGUGUACGGACUCUACUCCAGCAUCAUGAGCGGCAUCCUGGCGGACCGCCGCGCCCUCAACGAGCAGCUGGCGCAGGGCCUGCACGUGGACCCAUGGGUCGCUGCCGCGCGGCCUGCUGUGCCGCCAGAGCAAGAGCUGCUGCCCUCGUUGCAGCGCAACCUGCGUAAGGAGUACUCGGCGCACCUGCUGGUGCGGGCGUAUGUGUUUGGCCGCACCCUCAGCACACUGCAGUUCUGCCGCUCGGUGGUUCAGUCGUAUCCGUACGUUCCGAAUGCAACGGGACUGGCGGCGGCAGCGGCGGGUGUGGUGAUUUGAGCGGGGGCGGUGGCUGAUAGCCGAGCCGCAGCCCUAGCAUAGAGUUCCGGUUGCAUGCAGCGGAAAGCUUAAGUGGCAAUUGUGAUUCUACUUCUGAAGGGUACAGGAGGGAGGCGGGGCAAGCGAACCCUGCAGCAUUGCGUGGAUAGGAGCUCGAAGCUACUUGUCGUCUUGACGUUUUUUACGAAGACAUUUCUCACCCGCAUAUAGGAGCGUAGCAAUGCAGCGCUUCUCCGUGCAUACUGCUUCAACUCCGUGCUGCUGUGCACAGGAUUACAUGCCAGGGUUUACCGUACUGUGUGGUCUUUGCGCUUGACGAACUUCAAGUUAUGGUAUGCCGUAAUCGCACUCAAUCUUGCUAUUGUACCGCACCCUUAUUGCUGGCAGGACUUUGGGAUUCCUGUCGUACUUGUUGCCGGACACGAGGAUCUUGUGACUAACGAACUUGUGACUAAGCAGAUCUAGCGGCUAGUCAGGUAGGUUAUGCGCCUGCCACAAUGCAUUGCGUACAUGCGUUGUCCGCAGGCACACAUACGGUAACCUCGAGCCAUGCCCGUUGAAAAAGGGCCUUGGGAAAGCGCAUGCGGUCUUUGGGACUGGAGGUGGCGGUGAGCAGAACUGUCAGGUGGAUGUAAUACGGCCCAUGGGUCAUUCUAUGGUUCGUUCAGGGUGUCUGCACACAAGACAUAAUGAUUGGACGAAGGUUAACAUGACGAAGGAAGGCGAUAUGCUGCAUCCUCAGUGACAAUAGGUUCCUUCGUCCCAGGUGGUUUCAGGGACAAUCGUAAGGGGCCAGAUGAGGAUUGCCAACUCAAUUGCGCUGUACGUCUGUAAGACGCAACGACUUCG